AUGGACAACCAGAAACAAGUCGUCAGGCCUGAUCAGUAUCAGGAUGCUCGCGCCCGCCUCCUCCAGCAGGAGAAAGCGGCGACUCAGCUGCUGCAGGAGCUCGCCGUAUCUCGCCGUGAGCUGCCUAUGGUGCGCAUCCAUGCCCCAGAUCGGUUCCAAUUUGAUACGCCUGAUGGAGUGAAGAACCUGCUGGAUCUCUUCGAUGGACGCAAACAGCUAAUCCUCUAUCAUUUCAUGUUGGGACCCCAAGAGAGGCAGGGCUGCGUGGGGUGCUCAUUCUGCAUGGACCAUAUCCCCGACCUCCGACAUCUGUGGAGCAGGGACACUUCUUUCGCCGCCGUGGCUCUCGCCCCCUUGUCUGAAAUCACUGAGUACAAGGAUCGGAUGGGCUGGAAGUUUCCUUUUUAUAGUUCUGCGAAAACGCACCAAACGUGGGCUGAGGCCGAGGCGCAGGGAGAGACUAUCACCUGGAAACCUGGGAACGGCUAUUUUGGACUCUGUUCGUUCUUACGGGAAGGCGACGAGGUAUUUCACACCUACGACACCUCAUCUCGAGGCGUGGAGAUCAUCCUGUCCACGUAUCACCUGCUGGAUAUGACUCCGAUUGGUCGGCAGGAAGUGGGAAACGGAAUGAACAACUUCCGCCGUCACGAUGAAUACUAA